AUGACCCGGUGUUCCGUACGCGGGACACAUAUCGAUCGCGUGGGUGUAGUAUAUACAUCUGCAAACAGAAUAACGUUCGACGAGGACGUAGCACAUGAUCUUAGAUUUGUGUGGUUUAACGAUAAUCGCAACGUUGAGCAUCAUUCUGCAUCGGUCAAUAUAAAUUUAGCAAGAGAGAAGGGUGCCUUGAAGAGCAAUGAUCCUUCAAGUCUUCGCCUCAUUAUUGUAGCUGAAGACUAA